AUGAAUGAUUCAGUGCUUCGUGGUGCAAUUUCUUUGAUACCUUCUGCACUAGCGUUCGAAUCCCCUUUCAUUCCCAGUCAACUUGACGAGGUGGAGAAUGUCGAUAAUUACCGACCUGGAGGUUUCCAUCCCGUGAAAAUUGGCGACAAUUUUUCUGCUGGGCAUUACAGGAUUAUACAUAAACUUGGAUUCGGUGGAUCGUCUACUAUCUGGCUAACUCGCAACGAAAAGUUUUCAGAAACAGGCUCUGGAAAACUAGUAGCUGCGGGCUGA